UCCAUCUAGUGGCUGGAAGAAAACCGCCAUUUAUUGAUGUCACCGUCGUAAAAAUAACAACGCUUGACGGCAAAUUGUGAUUCAGAGUAUGGCCUCCUCGUUGAUUUGUAGCAGAACUCAAAGCAGGGUGAGUUCAGUGCUAAACAGAGAUGUAAAGCAGUAUGGAAAAAAGUUCAUGUUCGACUGUAAUGAAGAAACCUGCUGGAACUCGGACCAGGGGGACUGUCAGUGGGUGUUGCUGGAGUUUCCCCAACCUGUAAACGUCUCCAAGGUAAAGCUGCAGUUCCAGGGAGGCUUUUCGGCCAAGACAUGCAGAUUAGAAGGUUGCCUCAAAGACGGAGACUUGAUGGGGUUGAGCCAGUUUUACCCAGAGGACAAUAACUGUCUUCAGAGCUUUCCCAUACAGGAGGCCUCCACCGUGGACAAAGUAAAAAUACUGUUUGAGAACAGCACUGACUUUUUUGGGAGAAUCAUUGUUUAUUCCUUGGACAUUUUGGGGGGAAAAAAUUCUUGACCAUUUUUAAGCUCUCAUGAGAGAGGAAAUGACCCCUUGCCAAAGUACAGGGUGGUGUGGUGACACUUGGAAACAUGUCAUCAGUAGUGCCACCUUGUGAACCGAUGCAAAUGUGGCCUUUUUUGGUAUGGUUCCGUUCAGACAUCUGUUUGGAAGUUGCACUUCACAUCAACAAGGAAAUAUCCACACAUUGAAAAAUUGUGAUGGUCGUAAAAGGUCUGCUGUGUUUGGAAACGUAUAUCAUGCCUUUUUUAAUUGAACAGUCGCUCCAUCAAAAAAUAAACUUUUAUUAAAAGUUGUAGAGAAAAAGCCUUUUUUUUAAAAUUCCAGUUAAAGUAACCGCAGGACAAAUCACAUUUUAUUCAUUAUUUCAAAAUAGUCUUACAUAAAUUAUAAUUUAUUAAAAAAAACAUCAAGGAUUGUUAAAUUUUAUGUACAUAAAUAACAUGUUUGUUAAUAUUUCUGUACUUGUAUAUUGUCGGACAUUUUUACCGAACCAAAAUGUUGCAUGGAUUUGAGAGAAGUCUAAUCUUUGUGUUUUAGUUGGGGUCAUGUCGGUGGCUUGUAGAGUUUCAGGAUGUGGUCCUCCAGAACCUUCUGAACUAGAAGAGAAAGAAAAAUAUUUGUGUAAUAAACCAAAAAAAAGAAGUGAUAACUGAUACAUGGUCUUCACAAAUCUGAAUAUGUGGCUUGCAUUUGUAUUUAACCCACUUUACUCUGAUACCCCUGAAUAAAACAACAACCAAACAUGUGUAAAUAGA